AUGAAAGGUGUCAUCUUUGCUAACCAAGGGGCCGACCCCAAAGUCGUUGACACGCUGGAGAGACCAAAACCGGGACCGGACCAGCUCCUUGUGAAGUCGGUUUUUGUAGCCAUUAAUCCAGUCGACUCCUUCAUGAGCGAGUAUGGACUCCUUGUCGUCAGUUGGCCCCUGGUCCUGGGUGUCGACACUGGUGGAAUUGUCGUUGAGGCCGGGGAGCAAGCUCAAACCAAAUACGGCUUCAAGGCUGGCGAUGAGGUCUUCGGUUGCACCCGGCUUGGGUCGACGAACUAUGCUGCUGGUCAGGAGUAUUUCCUUAUGGACGCUCGAGUUACCAUGCACAAGCCAAAGAACAUCUCGUUGGUACAGGCUGCUACACUGGGGGUGGCUGCGGAAACGGCAUUUCUUGGCUUGAUUGAUGGUCUCAAAAUCCCGCUGCCAGAUCCGCAGAACCUCCCUACUGCUCACGACGACUGGGUCAUUGUGCUGGGUGGUGCGAGUAGUGUUGGAAAAUGUGCUAUACAGUUAGCCCGGGCCUGUGGCUACAAGGUGGCGACAUCAUGUUCGACCAAGUCUGCCGCUGCAGUCAAAGAACUCGGUGCAAUCCCGUUCGACUACAAGGUCCCCCUCGAGGAGCAAGUCAAGGCAGUCAUGGAAAUCACCUCGGGCAAAGUGUCGAAAAUCUUUGACGCAGCUGCGGCAGAUGAUCCUUUGUUGGCCAAGGAACUUUUCAAAGCAACGAAUGAAGCCAAUAAAUGCUUUGCAACGACGAAUGAUUGGACAGGUAUCAGUGAUUUUGAGGGUGGCAAGACACACUUGUUGAAGCUCGGUGGGGUUGGACGCCCUGAGGCGGAAGGGUUGAAUGCAAUGAUUGAACAGUACAAGCCAGUGAUAGUAGACCUGAUCGAAGCUGGCAAAUUGCGUCCUAUGGAUUAUGUCUUGUACGGAGAAGGCGGGUUCGACGACGCUGUGAAUGCCUACAGGCACCAGAAGUCCGGCGCAGCUGGAUCACGAAAGGUAGUUGUCAAGGUCCAGGAUCCAUAG